AUGUUGCUGGCGUUUAUUUUGCUCAAUUUACUCUCAACAUUUGCCGCCAGGGCGAACGAACGACAAAGAAGGUAUCUCGUUUAUCCGGACGGUGGGCCGGCUCGUACUCAGUUUAUCAUUGGCCUUGGAGUUCCUGUAGAUUUAAAGGAUGCAUCUGUAACUGUUGGCACCGUCAUAAAGUUUCAAUACGAUUUACCAACAAACAGUACCGAAUACACAAGUAGAAUCUAUGGGUUUGCUAAUACAGUUUCCAGAGAUAUGGAUGGCGAAACAAAAGAUGAAGCAAACGAAGUGGACGCUAAGAGUAUAGAUAAAAAAGACGAUCUAGGAAAUGAUUUAUCCGAUAAUGAUAACAAUACACUCGUAGAUAUAACAUUCGAAGAUAGAAAGAAACGAUCAAUUAUGUUUUCUGAAGGAGGAUUAAUAAAUGGUGUUGAUAAACCGAUUGAAAAUUCUAAAUUAUCGCUAGAAGAAGCUAUAAAGCGUCAAGAAAUGAUUGAUCAAAAACAUCGAGAGAAAGAGCAGGAGCCACAAAGAAUGAAUAGAUGGGACUUUUAUAAAAUUAUAGAACACAUGGCUGAAAGAUAUGGCUAUUCGGGAAGGCCGUGCCUGCUCCGUACAAUCUGCGAGGCAGCCGAGGUUCCUUUCACACACGAAAACGGUUUGCUUGGAGAAAUUGGCCAUAUAUUAUUCACACCAUCCACAACGAAGGAUCCGUUGUCACACCAUACUGACAACGAAUAUCAUGCUGCUGAGAGACUGGGAAGAGAAGCAGAAGGAGAUUGCGAGACGCUCUUUCCGGAAUGCGAGAGCUCAAUUUUAAGCACCUUCAGUGAAAUUGGAAUGGAAACUUUACAAAAAUUUGGACUGAUUUGA